UUUACGUCGGUAACCACGUGGAGUGAAGCAGGGUUCAUGGACCAUCUGACAGCAUUGAUGACCCUGAAUGUGUCGAACGGAGCAAGUAGGACGCCAACAUCUACGAAUACGGCAACAACAACAUCCCUUUACAGCGGCUCGGCGAAUGAUGGUCUUCGCCGCGCACGGACUAUACCGCGCCGAAGCUUGGGCAUGUCGGUCAGCACUACAGUUGGAGGCACUACGAUAUUCCUGUUGAUCUUUGUCCUGCACCGGCCUAUUUACCUAUGGAUUUGCAGACGACGUACGGGCGUGAUUUGGGUCGGCCACGCAUCGGCCGCAAGCAGAAGCCAUUAUACACAGCUGCCUUCACCUCACAUGCAAUAUCCGGAAUUGUCCCAGUUUUCUGAUGAUUCAGAAGCAGGCUCUACGGAAGCGCAUAUGGCAUAA